CACAAUAAAGAGGGAAAUGGAUCCCGUUCCUGGGGCCGCUUCCCCAUUGGCUGAAUCAGAAAUAUUACAGAUAAAGAUAAAGAAAGAAGAACCGGACCCUGAGGACCAUCAGACCCCAAUGGAAAGCUCAGCAGCGCCACUUACUGAUGGGGGGGGGUACAUGAAGGCGGAACCCGAUGCAGACUCUGGCACAACAUAUGGGGGCUCUUUGAAAACUGAGAUCUCCAACCUCUGUGGGACGCAGGAGAGAAUUCACACCGGGGAGAAACCAUUCACCUGUACAGAGUGUGGGAAAAGUUUUCCUUUAAGCAGCAGCCUCCGUAAACACGUGAGAACUCACAUAGGGGUAAAAGGGUAUUCCUGUACAGACUGUGGGAAGGCCUUCUAUGCAAAGGGGCAUCUUCUAAACCACCAAAAGAAUCACGCCGGGGAGAAACCAUUCACCUGCACGGAAUGUGGGAAAAUAUUUACUAGAAAGAGCAACCUUCGCAAACACCAGAGAAUCCACACGGGGAAGAAUCUCUUCACCUGUACAGAAUGCGGGAAACCAUUCACUGAAAAGAGAAACCUGCUGAUACACCAGAGAAUUCACACCGGGGAGAAACCCUUCACCUGCACAGAAUGUGGGAAGAGUUUCAAUUUAUGGAGCACACUUCAGAACCACAACAAAAUUCACACCGGAGAGAAACCGUUCACCUGUAGUGAAUGCGGGAAACGUUUCAGUAUAAAGAACAGCCUGAAGAAGCACCAAAGAACUCACAGCAGAGAAAAACGUUACAGCUGCACAGAAUGUGGCAAAACUUUCUCGAAAAAGAGUGUCUUCCAAAUGCACCAGAUGACGCACACCGGGGAGAAACCCUUCACCUGCGCGGAGUGUGGGAAAAGCUUUGCUAAGAACGGAAACCUUCGCAUUCACCUUGACUCACACUGGGGAGAAACCAUUCGCCUGCACAGAAUGAGGGAAAACAUUUUCUGUUUGUAGCAUUCACAAAAGACACUGGAGCUCAUUCAUUUGCACCAGUGCUGCACCAAUUACCACCAGUGCUGCACCAAUUACCGCCAGUGCUGCACCAAUUACCGCCAGUGCUGCACCAAUUACCACCAGUGCUGCACCAAUUACCGCCAGUGCUGCACCAAUUACCGCCAGUGCUGCACCAAUUACCGCCAGUUCUGCACCAAUUACCGCCAGUGCUGCACCAAUUACCGCCUGUGCUGCACCAAUUACCGCCUGUGCUGCACCAAUUACCGCCUGUGCUGCACCAAUUACCGCCUGUGCUGCACCAAUUACCGCCUGUGCUGCACCAAUUACCACCAGUUCUGCACCAAUUACCACCUGUGCUGCACCAAUUACCACCAGUUCUGCACCAAUUACCACCUGUGCUGCACCAAUUACCACCUGUGCUGCACCAAUUACCACCUGUGCUGCACCAAUUACCGCCAGUGCUGCACCAAUUACCGCCAGUGCUGCACCAAUUACCGCCAGUGCGGAGGAUUCGGAUUUGGUUCAGAAUCAGAAUGUGUCUUUGCUAAAGGGCCCCAGGCCCCUCCAUUUUUCUUUUAUUAAAAUGGUUGAAAAAUUAA